AUGACAGGAAUGGAUACGCCGUUUGUCGUGUCUCGCGAAGAACUCCACGUCCUGCAGAUGGAAGUGAAGCAAGUGCAGUGCAGCCAGACAAACCAUGCCGAACGAAUAUUACGGCUGGAGAAGCGGCAUGCUGACGAGUCAGCGCUGAAGUCCGUAUGGAACUCUCCUUUUCCCGGCGUGCUGGGAGCAGGGACACCACAGCACGAUGCCGUUCAAUCGCCUCACAACGAAAUGUUUGACGAUGAUUUGGACGAACAGGGAGAGCAGCUGCUUGGCUCGCUACACCUUGGACCGGCCGAGGAAGAGCCUGCUAGACGUGGUGCUGCCUCGAGGGCAAACAGCGUUCGCUUCGACGAGAGCGCCUUGCAUGGAUCUAGCUGGGGUGGGCAGAGCAGCCGGCACUCGGCAGACUUUGGCCCUCUUCGGCCGGUAGGUGGCAUCACCAUGGAACGUUCGCUCUCCCACAAGUCAGACGGCAGGCACAGCUCGGCGGGACAUUCGGUGCACUCGCAUCACUCGGUCGCCUCGGGUCGUGCCAGCAGCCUCGGGGUCGACACCAACUAUGCGGCCUGCGACUCGUCCUCUCCGUUCGACAUGCCGGCGCCUCCCGCCUCGCUCUUUGUCCUGGGCAGCGUCCCAUCAAUCAUCCGCUGCUGGCUGACGACCGACUUUGCCCAUGACACGCUGCUCUAUGCCGACAUCUGCACCGGGUCGCAAAAGUCGGUCGUGGACUACUCCCUGAUCAAGGAGCUCGGCUUGACGGAGGAAAUCGAGCGGUGCGGCGACGGCGUAUACCGCGCAAGGCUGAACGUGUUCCUGGCCGAGGCGGUGGUGGUGAAGGCGCACAGCAGAAAUGGGUCUACCAGCGGCUUGGUCCCAUUCAUGUCCGUUGUCUUCGAGGUCACGGGAGGAGUGAGCGCGGGACGGCAGAGCGAAGCGAAGGCGAUACGCAUCUACAUCGGAAGCGACGUACUCCGGGCGCAUUCCGCCGACGUCCUGCUGUCCCAGAACAAAAUGGUGGUGUACGGGAGUCAGCAGGAGCGCUUGCAGGUACCCUUUGUGCGCCCCGAGGAUGAGAACGUCUUUCGACACAUCCAAACGGUACACGUGGCACCCGGGAAACGCAGGCUGAACGCAAACGCGGCGCCGUUCGUGCUGCCGGACGAGGGCAACCUGGCGGGUGACGAGAUGGCCGAGGAUGGGACAUUGCUUGUGCAGCGCGAAGAUGACGAAUCGCCCCUCGGCCCAUCACCGAUGGAGUCGCGUGCGGGAUCCAGCAAGUCUGCGGUGCCAACUAGCGCGUCUGAGCACGGCGGGGAGGGUGAGAAGGCGGCAAUGGACGUCAACGGUUCCGAAUCCGGUAAAGAGUUCUCCAAUGGUGCGGAAAGCUCGCGGAACGAAGCGUCGGCGCCGUCGGGCAUUUGGAGAUCGUGGCGGCAGGGAACUGUCGGCGGAUCGGAUGGACAAUCGCGAGAGGCGGGACCCUUGAGCGGCUAUCAGCCUGCCAUGCGCAGCGGCCGCAGCAUGAAGGUUUUGAAGUCGCUCAAGGCGGGCUCGGCCUCGGCAAGGACCGGCGCGGCGUACGAGCCGCCGCUGGCGGCCAAGGCUGCGGAUGGGCGUCGCAAGAGCCUCGUCAGCAUCGGCGUAGACGGCGGCUCGACGAAGUGGGACGCGAAGCGGGCCGUCAGCUCAGGCGCAGAGUUCAAGAUGCUGGCGGUCGGGCGUGACGGCGGCCGAACGGCGGCGGCAGCGACAUUGCCGAGGUCCGUGAACCCGGUCGGCGUGGCCUCGGCAUUUUCGUGGAUGACACCGGCCAGCAAGGGAGCGGCCAAGUCGUCGACGGCGGCGGACGGAGAUUAG